AUGUCGUCGAAGAAGAGCGGAGAGUCGCAGCCGCUCCUGGACGAGUCCAAGCUCGGCGCCAGGUACGGAGAGAAGGCGACUGAUGCCGAGGUCGCCGGCAAGCAGCGCAAGGCCCUGGUCAAGGGGGUGGCCAAGGGCGAACAGAACACCCAGCGUCUCAACUCCGCGCACCAGAUGGCUUCCAGCACCGCGGACGUCGGGGACCAAAUACUCAAGUCCCUGCACGACCAGAGAGAAAAGAUCGUGAGCGCGAGGGUGGCGGCGGAGGGUAUGGAGGGAGACAUGGACACGAGCGAGAGGAAGAUGCGCAGGAUGGAGUGCGAGAAGUGCGUCCAACGGUGGAUACUGUGGGUCAUCGCGGGUAUGUUUGUGAUUGGCCUGCUGUUCUUCCUGUACUGGAAGAUGGCGAUCGAACCGGAGAAGCAGCGGAACUGCGAGAGGGAUCAGGACGGCCGGUGUGUGUCGUACAGUCAUCACGGAAGCCACGAGCGAUACGACGCCGACAACGACUACCGCCCGAAGCACUGGGCGGCGCUCUCGUCGCGGGAGGAGGCUAGGAUGACGACGACCACCUCGACGGAUGGCUUGCGAAGAGCCGGGUACCCUCGACGCGCCGGUCGCGACGAGGACCUGGACGCGCGCACGCACGCGACGUACGGAUCUGCGACGCGGUAG